GAACAGAGUUGGAGCGAGAGGAAGGGAGUGGGCUCUGGGUGGAGGAUGAGGAGGCCUCUUGAAGACCAUCUUGUCCCCUCGCCUCAGCUCCGCCGCCCGGGCUGGGUGCACAGAGGGUUCCUCUGGGCCGCUCAUCCCUCCUUUAGCUCUCACACGUCUCCCCCGUUUGCCUGAGCCAAAGAAAAGCAGGCGGCGCCUGGUCCCCCUCUCCUACCCCGAGUUGGCACGGGGCUGGGGAAGCCAGGAGAACCCAGGCACCCCGGGGUCUUGCCCUUGGUGCCCUCCCUUUGCGGGGGGUGGGCGCCGUCUUCCAGGCAGGGGCCACGUGGCCUUGACCCGGCCGGGGUCUCGGCCUUCCUCCUGCAGGCCGGGUGACUCAGGCCGCAGCUGUUCUCGCGUCACAUGAGGGAGGCUGGCGGCUACUCGGCGGGGGAGGGGGCUGCGGAUGGAGCCGGGGCGGGGCCGCGCGCCGGGCGGGGCCGGAGCCGGGGGGCGCAGCUAGAGAGCCCCUGAGCCGCGGCGGGAGUGCAGCGCACAGCCUCGGGGAGCCCAGGCCAGGCAGCCAUGGCGGUGGAAGGAGGAAUGAGAUGUGUCAAGUUCUUGCUCUACGUUCUUCUGCUGGCCUUUUGCGCCUGUGCCGUGGGACUGAUCGCCGUGGGGAUCUGGGUCCAGCUCGUGCUAAAUCAGACCAUUACCCAGGGGGCCACCCCUGGCUCCCUGUUGCCUGUGGUCAUCAUCGCAGUGGGUGCCUUCCUCUUCCUGGUGGCCUUUGUGGGCUGCUGUGGGACCUGCAAGGAGAACUACUGUCUUAUGGUCACAUUUGCCAUCUUCCUGUCCCUUAUCAUGCUGGUGGAGGUGGCAGCCGCCAUUGCUGGCUAUGUGUUUAGAGACAAGGUGAAGGCAGAAUUUAAUAAGGACUUCCAGCAGCAGAUGCAGAAUUAUCCAAAAAACAACCACACAGCAUUGAUCCUGGACAGGAUGCAGGAAGAUUUUAAGUGCUGCGGGGCAGCUAACUACACAGACUGGGAGAAGAUCCUGCUGUCACCCAAGCGAGUCCCGGACUCCUGCUGUGUCAAUGUCACUCAGCACUGUGGAGUUAAUUUCAACGUGAAGGAGAUUCAUAAUGAGGGCUGUGUGGAAAAGAUUGGGAGCUGGCUGAGGAGCAAUGUGCUGGUGGCAGCUGCAGCAGCCCUGGGCAUUGCCUUUGUGGAGGUCCUGGGUAUUGUCUUUGCUUGCUGCCUUGUGAAGAGCAUCCGAAGUGGCUACGAGGUGAUGUAGGGGGUCUGGUCUCUUCAGCCCCCUCAUCCAGGAGAGUGGGCUAGUAUACUCCAGGUUUUUCAAUUAAACGGAUUAUUUUUUCAGACCGAAAA